AUGGCGGUGGGUAGCCGGGAGAUGGGCGACGAGGCGGGGGCGGGCGGCCGGGUGGUCGUCCCUUCGUCUGCGCGCUGGGGUGCUGGCGGCCGCACUCGAGCUAGGCCGGAUAGGCCUAGGUCGGCGCACGGCGUGGUCAAGGGCUUCCCAAAACUCUCCUGGGCCACCCCGGGCGAGUUUGCGGAGUGGGUGCGGAUUUUCAAGAAAUUCACGGACGACGCGUACGACGGCAAGGACGUGGUGGUGCUGUGGGACAACGCGACGGCCGUGGCAGUGUUCGCAUCGGACACAAGUCGCCUGGCACGCGAGGAGGCACGCAUUCUGAUGGCCUGGAGCGUGCUGCGGCGCCUCGUCGUCUACACCAGCGGUCGCGCCAUGAGGACACUCGAGAAGCCGAAAGACGUCGAGAACUUCUGCCUAGACACCGUCUCGGGGGUCCUCGAGAUGGCUGUCACCCGCCGUUACGUCAGCACGUACACUCCGCAGAGAGCGCUUUCGGCCGCGAAGACGAUGGCGCUCCGCAUGAUCGCAACGCUGGCGGACAAGCUGUCCAACACGGGGUGGAUCGUGGAUCCAGUGCGGAACAACACCCUGCGCAAGGGCCGGAACUUGAGGCUCAUCGUGGGCUACCCCAAGCACCUGGAGAACGCCUCUGAGCUGGAACAGUUUUACGCGAGUUUCCCGGACACAGGGGUGGGCUUCGUGAAACCUUACCUGGAGACGCACAGGCACUUCACCAGCCGCAUGUUCAAGGACAACGCUACCGAGAACUUCACCACCGGUGUCGCCAAUGCUGAGUACAGCGCGGGCUUGAAUGCCAUAACGAUUCAGGCGGGAAUCGUGCAGCCGCCCGUGUACUUUCCUGACGGAACGGCAGCGCUCAACUAUGGAGGACUAGGGCAGAUCAUUGGGCACGAGAUCAUGCACGGUUACGACGUCGACGGCAUCAAAUUUGACGAGGACAUAAAUGAAGUCAACUUCAAGAACACUUCGACGAUGAUGGAGUACGAGCGAAAAGUUCUCUGCCUUCGCAAGUCGUACCAAAAUGUGGAAAGAAAUGCCAGGCAGCUCGACACGACAACGGACUCGGAGGGCUUCGCCGACUACGCCGGACUCCAGCUGGCCUACGCCGCCUACAAAAGCCUGCCGGUCGACGAGCAGGACAGGAAGCUGUCCGGCCUCGACCUGAGCGCCGACAAGACUUUCUUCGUUUCGCACUGCCUCAAGUGGUGCGACUUAGUCAAGAAACGUAUCCCGGGCAAACGCUACUGGGCCGGCCGGUCGCGCUGCAUCGUGCCGCUGCAGAACAUGCCCGAAUUCGCGGCCGCAUUCCGCUGCAAGACCGGGGACCCGAUGAGUCCCGCGGACAGAUGCGACUUCUGGUAGAAGACGCGGUGAUGCGUUCACUCAUCGCUUACCGACCCGCUGUAUUGUGCCUGCGGUUACGACGCGAGGACUUCAUUGUGUGUAUUUUUCAACUCUUUUUAUGUCUUCUUGUUUUUGCAGGCGUGCGAUCAGAUCGUCACAUGGAGUGUUUGCCGCUUCUUGUGCACAGCGGAUGUUACAACGCGUGCUCCUAUUUAUUAGCUUUGUGUGCUUGUGGUUAUCGCAAGCUACGCUCUCACGAACAAUUGUUUAGUUGGCGAAGGGAUCAGAUGAACUCCACGGGCACCGCUUGACUUGCGAAUGACCAUGCGCGUAUAAAAAAUGUGCAUGCAACGAAUUAGGUGGUAGGUACAUCUGGGCGCGCUAUUAAAAGUACGCUACCAUCUAUGGAGAGUAACAUGACUGCCCCGCCUGCCAGUCUUUACGUACGUUUCCUUUCGCUCUUAACACUCACGUCACCCGUAUUAUCGAGCCAGAUUGACGAUGCGUACCAAUAGCGUACCCACGCGCCUUAGUGUACCACAAAAUCUAGAGGUUGUGUUCCU